AAUAUGGGCUGAAGUGGGUUCAAUUUGUGGUUUGACAGAAAAAUUAAUUUUGAUAAAGCCUAAUUCAAAACACUUAUCUGCACAAAUGGAUUUCGACGAAUAUAGAAUGAGAGGAAAAAUAAUGAUAGACUAUAUAGCAGAUUAUUUAGAAAAUAUACGGGAAAGGCGUGUCUACCCAAACGUGCAUCCGGGAUACUUGAGGAACUUAACACCUGACUGUGCUCCCCUCGAACCAGAAUCGUGGGACCACAUAAUGGACGACGUCGAGAACAUCAUUAUGCCUGGGAUCACGCACUGGCAAUCACCUCAGAUGCACGCGUAUUUUCCCGCCUUGAAUUCGUUCCCAUCGCUACUAGGGGAUAUGCUGGCGGAUGCAAUUAACUGUCUGGGAUUCACAUGGGCUAGCAGCCCCGCUUGCACGGAGUUGGAAAUCUUAGUGAUGAAUUGGCUGGGAAAGAUGAUCGGACUGCCUGAAGCGUUUUUACAUACCCACAACGAGAGCAAAGGAGGAGGCGUCAUUCAGACUACAUCAAGUGAAGCUACAUUUGUUUGCUUGUUAGCUGCCAGGACUCAAGCGAUCCGUCGGAUACAGGAGAUAAAUCCAGAACUAGAAGAUGUAGAAAUAAACAGUAGACUAGUUGCUUACUGUUCAGAUCAGGCUCAUUCAUCAGUUGAAAAAGCGGGUCUCAUUGGGCUCGUUAAAAUGCGAUUUAUCGAAAGUGAUGAUUCUUUAUCACUAAGGGGAGCUCAAGUAAUGGAAGCUAUAGCCACUGAUAAAAAACAAAAUUUGAUACCAUUUUUUCUAUGUGCGACGUUGGGUACAACUGGAGCUUGUGCGUUUGACAAACUUGAAGAACUUGGACCGAUAUGCCACGCGGAAGACAUGUGGUUUCAUGUUGACGCAGCGUACGCUGGUACAGCGUUCAUUUGUCCGGAAUUUCGUCAUUGGCUAUCGGGUGUCGCAUACGCCGACUCGAUUGCAUUCAACCCAAGCAAAUGGAUGAUGGUUCAUUUUGAUUGCACGGCUAUGUGGGUCAAAAACAGUGAAUGUCUUCAUCGUACAUUCAACGUCGAUCCAUUAUAUUUACAGCAUGAAAAUUCAGGCCUCGCUAUCGACUAUAUGCAUUGGCAAAUACCAUUGAGUAAACGAUUUAGAGCUUUGAAACUUUGGUUUGUAAUUCGUUGUUUUGGAAUAAAAGGUCUUCAAAAACAUAUAAGAGGAGGUGUACAGUUGGCAAACAAAUUUGAACUUCUAGUGUUGAAUGAUAAAAGAUUCGAAAUACCUGCAGCUAGACACUUAGGCCUAGUCGUUUUUCGUUUACGUGGAGAAAAUCAUUUAACUGAAAGACUGUUAAAGCGCUUAAAUUCUAGAGGAAGAAUUCAUUGUGUUCCUGCAUCACUUAAAGGCAAAUAUGUUAUACGUUUUACUGUAACGUCACAAUAUACUACGAUUUCGGACAUCACAAGAGAUUGGGCUGAAAUUAAAGCGACAGCUACUGAAAUCAUCAAUGACGAUAAAGCAGACUCUACCUACAAUAAAUCAAAAGUUUCAUUGGCUGAGACGCGUAAUUGGAAUAAUAACUUCGGUGCCAGUUUGCUAUUAGCAAAUUCACCUAUGUCACCAAAAGUAGUAAACGGGAGCUUUGCCGCAUUGUUUGAUAACGGAGACGAUUGGUCACGGAAACUAUUAAGAAGUGAAAUGAAAGACAGCUCUUCAAUGAGAAGAAGAAUUCGCGGGAUUCUGAUGUCAGGAAAACAGUUUUCUUUGGAUUCGCGUAUGGAUCUUGUCCAAGGAAUGGUUCCAACUGCAUCGAAAAAGGCUAUUAUGUCGGAGUGCACCACAAAUCUAUCGGAAGAAACAUCAGAAAAUAAAAAUACUGAGAGUGAUGAAAAAGAAAAAAACGGAGAACCGAAAAAUCAAAAAUCUCGUAUUUUUCGUCUUCCACAACAUGAAACCAACCUAACUCCUUUGAUUGAAGGCAACAACGCAGAUCUUAUAGAUUAGUAAAGUCACAAUAUUAUGGUAAAUUAUUUCAAUAUUUAUUUCUAGCUGUCACUACUU